UCCCCUGCACCCCACCUGGGAGGCCACCAACCACAGCUACCAGCGCUGCCUGGACCUGCUGCUGGAGCUGGUGGCACGGGAUGGGCAGCGGUGCCAGCUGAUCGUGGCCAGCCACAACGAGAGCUCCGUGAGCCAUGCCCUCCGCAGGAUGGAGGAGCUGGGCAUUGCCAGGGACAGAGGGGCCGUCUGCUUUGGGCAGCUGCUGGGCAUGUGUGACCACGUCUCCCUGGCCUUGGGCCAGGCGGGCUACGCCGUCUACAAGUCGGUGCCGUACGGGGCGGUGGAGGAGGUGCUGCCCUACCUGGUGCGCCGGGCCCAGGAGAACCAGAGCGUCCUGCAGGGCAUCCGCCGCGAGCGGGACCUGCUCCGCCGCGAGCUGUGGAGACGCCUGCUGCGCCGUCCCUGAGGAACCCAGGCGUCCGGGAGCACCGCUGCCCCCGCAGCCCGUCCUGCUCCUGCCCUGCCCUGAGGGAUUCUGGGAGAGGGGACUUGUAGCCCCAGCCAGGCUCUGGUGUUGGGGGGGGCACUCCUGCCCAUGGCUCCCCCGCGCCGCAUGCCCCUGGCAGUGGGGACCCCGAAUGAU